AUGGCCCAGCCUGUGGACCCGGAGCUCGGGGACGGCAGGCUCAGAAGAUCCAGCCCGGAGGGACGGAUUCCAGAAGGUUCUCCAUCCAAGUUGACUUCAUUGACUGGUACUAAGGCAGCAAGAGUGCCUGAAGAAGAAGUAGUGGUGCCCAACACUCAAGAUCAUCAAUUAACAUCAAGCCCUACCUCUCUGAAAACCUGUACUGCAUCUUCUGCCUUCCUGGAGACUACCAAAGAUGUCUCAAGAAAAAGAAAGAACUCUGAGGACAGCCCUAAAACAGGAAAAAAUCAGGAUCUUGAGCCUACCUACAUGGCACCACAAGAAUAUAACAGCUAUCAAAAAACCAAGCGGCAGUCCUGGCGUAGGGCUAGUAUGAAAGAAACAAACCGUCGGAAGUCACUGCCUCCCUUUCACCAGGAUAUCACAGAGCUCAGCAGAUCUAUCAGCAUAGACCUGGCCGAAAGCAAACGCCUUGGCUGCCUUCUGCUCUCCAGUUUUCAGUUCUCUGCAUGGAAACUUGAACCUUUUCUGAGAGAUACUGAUGGUGUCAGUCUUGAUACUUUUAGAGCCAGAGUAUCUUCAAUUUCUGAAGAAUUCAAGCAUUAUACAAACAGACUUGAAGAUGAUGGGACCUUACAAAAAUGCUCUGAAGAAUCAAAAGGUCAGUCAACAGAUAUUGCCUUGGAAGCAUCAAUGGCAGAAAUAAAAGAAUAUAUAGCCAGGCUUUCUUUGGAGUGUACGAAUUGGGAUCAACUAUUACUGCAUCACCAGAAAGUAGCUGAAGAGACAGCCAGGAUGUUAGAGGAAGCCAAAAUUACUGAUGUAGAACUGGACCCUGCUCUGUAUCUUCAGUCUUCACAACGUGAAAUUCUUAGUGCAAAACCUGACUACCAGAAAAUAUUAGACAGCCAGAAUGAGGUUUUUAACUGCAUGGAGAUGGUGCUGGAUGAAUUACAAGGAUCAAUAAAGCUGUUGUAUUCUUUUAUGGAAGAUACUACCCAAUUCUUCAAGAAGGUGUCAAUGCAACUUGGAAAAAGUACUGCCCAGCAGUUGGAAGCCUCACCAAUUAGAAAACUUCUUGAACCUCAACUACAAAAACCAUCUCUCACACACUAAUGUUCUCUGCUAAUGAUCACAGUCUACAUACAUUUCCUCCAAAUUGUCGUUCAGAUGGUUGAAGAUGAGAAGUUGCUGCCUUUUAUGGAGUGUGACCAUAAAUUAAUGUGACACUUUUUAAAAACAGGCAUCAGCACUUAAGUACUCUGAAUAUUCAGUUAUAAUUUUGUCUUCAGAGUCUUUACACAGACUCCACUGAUGGCAUUGCUCAAGACAUUUUUGGAAUUUAGAUUUGGAAAUGACACAUUUAUACAUAUAU